UGGGUGUUCUUUGCAGUUCAUCUUGAUGCUGCUGUUGACUUCCCUGAGCAAAUAAAUUGAAUCCACUCUUGGCAACUUGUGUGUUUAUCGGUGCCGCUUUUCAUUGUCUUGUAGGAUUGGUUUGGAAGAGAAAAAGAUGUUUCGCGUGGCUUCACGAGUGAGCUGCACUUCUGCAUCCAGGGUAUAUUUAAAGUUGAUUUUUUCAAGAAGCUUUGCACUUUCAUGGAAGUCAUGGAUGUCAAUCCACUCUCUUAUUGGGGACAAGAAUAUUGUUCUGAUGGGACCCCCUGGAGCUGGGAAAACAACAGUAGGAAAAAUUGUAGGGCAGAAGCUAGGCUGCUGUUUCAUAGAUGUAGAUGACGAUGUCCUUGAAAAAACGUGGAAUAUGUCUGUGUCAGAGAAACUGAAGGAUAUUGGUAAGGAACAAUUUUUAGAAGAGGAAGGAAAAGCUCUAUUAAGUCUUUCAGUGUCAGGGUGUGUGGUUUCCCUUACCGGGUCUAACCCAAUGCAUGCUGCCAGUAUGGAGCAUGUGAAAAAAAAUGGGAUUGUAGUCUAUCUGGAUAUACCUACUCCAAGCAUAAUGAACCGACUGAAAUUAAUGAAAGUCGAUCGUAUUGUGGGUCAGGGUCCCAGCACUUCAUUGAAAGACCUACUUCAGUUUAGGAAGCAGUUUUACAAAAAGUGGUACGAUGUCCGUAUUCUUUGUGAAGAUGGAAUUACGGCCGUGGCCGUAGCAGAAAAAGUGCUUCAUGCAGUUAAACGGUAUCAGGACUCAGAAUCAGAAGGCUUAAUUUCAACCAGAAGUUUAAAGGGUGAUGAGAAAGGUCAGCAAAAGCAUUCCAUUAAAUACUUCAGUGAUGCAGUUGUUGAAGGCUUAGCACCUGAUGGUGGACUCUUUGUUCCUUUGAAGGGCCUUCCAAAAUUUACUGCUGGAGAAUGGCAGUGUUUAUUGGGGGAAACAUAUGCAGAAAGAGCUCAGCUUAUACUGGAAAAAUGUAUACAUCCUGCGGAUGUACCUGCUUCUGAAUUGUGGGCCAUUAUUGAGGCUGCAUAUGGGCAAAAUUUUGCAUGUCCUAAAAUUGCCCCAGUUAGACAUUUGACCAACAAUCAGUUUCUUCUGGAGCUCUUUCAUGGACCAACAGCUUCAUUUAAAGAUUUGGCACUACAAUUAAUGCCUCGUGUGUUUGCAUACUGCAUUCCUCAAAGCUGCAAUUAUUUGGUCUUGGUAGCUACUUCUGGUGAUACAGGAAGUGCAGUUCUAGAUGGUUUUAAUCGGCUUUCGGAAACUGACAAGCAAAGAAUUGCAGUGGUCACUUUCUUUCCUGAAAAUGGAGUCAGCCAGAUACAGAAAUCACAGAUGAUUGGCUGCCAGGGUAAAAAUACAGUGGUAGUUGGCGUCAAAUCAGAUUUUGAUUUCUGCCAGUCUGCCAUCAAAAAAAUAUUUUCCGAUUCAGAUUAUACUGGUUUUCUCACCGUGGAAUAUGGAACGGCAUUAAGUGCAGCAAACUCUAUAAAUUGGGCACGACUGCUUCCCCAGGUGGUUUACCAUGCUUCUGCUUACCUUGACCUGGUCGAGCAAAAUAUUAUUUCUUUCGGCUCCCCUGUAGACGUCUGUAUUCCAACAGGAAAUUUUGGCAACAUAUUAGCAGCUGUGUAUGCAAAAACGAUGGGUGUUCCUAUAAGAAAGUGUAUCUGUGCUUCCAACCAGAACAAUGUGUUGACUGACUUUAUAAGGACAGGCCUUUAUGAUCUAAGGGGAAGAAAGCUAAUGCGGAGUUCAUCACCAGCAAUAGACAUCUUGAAGUCUUCCAACCUCGAGCGGCAUUUGUACCAGGUUGUUAAUGGUGAUGGAGCACUGGUAGCACAGUUGUUUAACCAGCUGGAAAAUCAUCACUACUUCCAGUUACAGAAGGAAUUCCUCGAAAAGCUUCAGCAAGAUUUGGUGGCUGAUUGGUGCUCUGAGAAAGACUGUCUGGGUGCCAUCCACUCUGUGUACAAUUCGACAGGGUACAUCUUGGACCCCCACACAGCCAUUGCAAAAGUGGUUGCCGAUAGAGUACAAGACAAAAGCUGCCCGGUUAUCAUUUCAUCUACUGCUCAUUAUUCCAAAUUCGCCCCUGCUAUCCUCCAGGCACUGAGAAUGGGAGAAAUAAAACAGACUCCAUUAAGUCAGCUUCACUUGUUAAACUCCUACAAACCUUUGCCUCCGAUCCACAGGGGCUUAUUAGAGACUGUGGAAAAGAAUAAGCAACAGAGCCAUCAGGUCUGUGUGGCUGAUGUGGAUGUCCUUAAGGAACACGUCGAAGCCUUAAUACAAAAACAGUUCAUGAAGGUUUUCUGAGGCUUGGUUGGUCUCUGUUAUAUAAUUCAGUUUUGAAUAUUGUUGUCCUGCAACAAAAAGCAUGUUUUAAUAAAUGUUUGGUAAACAGUGUAUCAAGUUUAGUGGAAGUAUUGUCGAAACGAUUAAUGUGAGAAAUUGUUGAAUGUGAUCUAAGAAAUCAAAUAAGUAAAAGGUAAUGACCCCAUAGAGCAAAUAUGGGCAAUUUGGAGUUUAUGUCUCACCUCUCCCAUAGAUCUGUUAUAUAAUCUUCUGCAAGUCACACUCCUUCACUCAGUUUUCACCUCCAAAAUAGGAAUAAUAAUGACUGAGUUCAUGCGGUGCUGCAAUAAACCAACUUGAGAAAGAUACACAGUGCUUUGCUUUGCUAUCUAUGUGAUCAGUACCUAUGUCAGUGAUACAAAUGAUGAUGUGUGUGAUUUUGCUCCCGAGUCACAGCUGACUUAUAGAGAAUGGUUUUCAAGGCAAGAGACAUACAGAGCUGGUUUACCAUUACCUGACUCUACGUGGGCUGAGAGAGUUCUGAGAGAACUGUGACUGGUCCAAGAUCACCUAGCUGCCUUCAGGUAGAUGAGUGGGGAAUCACACCCACUUCUUUGGGUUAAAGUCUGCUGCUCCUAAUCACUACACCACACUGGCUCUCUACAGAUGAUGAUAGCUGAAGCAGAAGUCCCAGGAAUCUAAGCAGGGCUCCCCUGGUAACUACAUUCAUAUUUUCCAUGUAGCUUUUUUUUCAAGCAACAGUUUUACUUUUGGGAAUAACAUCACUCUCAAGGCAGAUAUCGCCCAGUGACUUGGCAGUCCUUUCAUGGGAACCAUCUGUAUGGAACCACCGUUUAUGAAGUGUUUAACAUUUCAGGAUUUGUUGGGCAUGUAGUGGUGGGACAGGAUGAUUUCCAAAUAUGGACAACCUUCAAGAUUUGGGGCAAGGAAGCAGUUAUGCGAACUGCCCACAAGACUGACAUUCUUGCAAAAUGAAACACGAGUUUGGUUGAAACUACCAAAAAUCACGUUGUGGUCUUUAUGUGGCCUAUAAACUGAGACUAUCACACUUUGGUCACAUCAUGGGAAGGCAAGAAUCACUGGAAAAAGCAGUUAAGCAGAAAAAGCUAGGAAAAGUUGAAGGUAGCAGGAAAAGAAGAAGGCUCAACAUGAGAUGGGUUGAUUCUAUAAAGGAAGCCACAGUCUGCAAAACUUGAGCAAGACUGUUACCCCCCCCUCCCUCCCCCACAAGGCCAAAGAACACUGUGAAAGAUGAGACACAGAUGAAAAAGCUGGUACAAAUUCAUUUAGUUUAUCAAAAGAAGAGACCUAUGCUGAUCUCUGGUGGAAUGCUCUUCCUCCAGCUUUCCGGGCCCUGUGGGACCUCAAUGAGUUCCGCAGGGCCUGUAAGACUGAGCUUUUCCACCGGGCCUUUGGGGAGACCAGCCGCUGAUGUG